CUUGAACAAGGUGUAAUUAGCUUCCUUCGUGUGGUGCCAUGAAGUCCACUAACCCCUAUACCCCUCUUACGCCGGGAUUGCGUGAUACAGCCGCUAUAUCCCGUGAGUUGCGAAUCUCACGCAACCAAGUGUCUGAUUUCUCGGCUAACUACGUAGGUUUUUCAGAUGUUACUGGUAUUCUUUGUGCGACCUAGCUUUUGACAACGAUUGUUACUUGGUGUGCCCUUAAAUGAAAGUACCUCAACCAGUUACUAAAUCACAUGCAAUUCAUGAGAACAAGGGUACACUAUAGGCAAAGCUCUGGGGUAUUCUUAACGAUG